CCUGCGAGGACCUGACCUUCCUCCCACCAUCUUCCUCGCCACCCCGGUGUCCGAGCAAACCACAGCUCCACUCCCGGAGCUUUUGCCAUUAGCUGCUGGCAGUGGAGCGUGCCUCUGCUGCUUCUGCUACUGUAUCUCCAUCUCGGCCAACUGGCACUCCAGCUUUAUUUAUUUUUAAAUCUUUCCAGCAUUAACCUGACAGGAAAUAGGUUGCAAACCACAUUUUUUUUUCUAAUGUUGGAAAUAAUGCCUAUUCAGUUUAACUGAGUCCCUCAGGGCAGAGCAAGCCCCACUCCCUGCUCUCCCCCAGUGCGUUUUGUUGCUGUUUUUUCGUGUUGUUUUUAUACCCAGGUGAUGAUAACACAUGGGCAGUCAGAGGAAAAGAUGCAUGGAGGUAACAGUAAGUGAGGAAAGGGAAUUAAACUGUCUGGGCAAUGGGCAAACCCAGUGUUGCUCAAAUUGUAGGAGAAUAAGCACUGCUUAUCUGUAUUUGCUCUGUAUAUCCACGAGUAUAUAUCCGUAUACACCCUAUUUUGCUUUGGGCCUGGCAGCAGAUCUAAAUAACAGAGAUUUCACAAGGUACAUUUUGUCCAAGACACCAUAUACAAAUCCCUGGUCUUUCCAUACUUGACAGGGUUCAUCCGGACCUCAGUAAAUCAGCAGGGAACGGUGGCCAGGAGAUGCAGGCCUGUAGAAAUACUUGUGGAAGUGUAGGGGAAAACAGAGGGGACAACUAGGUAUCUAAACCCGAUCACACAAGAACCGAGAGCAUCUAUCCCUUCUCACCUAAAUGCCAUUCAAUAAAAAUAAGUAAAUAAAUAAAUAAUGAAUAAAUAAACAGGUGUCAGGAUCUCAGUGUUUGCCCCGUCCUCGUGCGAUGCCUUGUGUUCCCGACGACCCGCAUGCUGCCGCAUCUUCCUGCCUCUGAUCCCACCCCACCACGAGCUCCUUGCUGACCCAGAUUGCCUCACUCCAUGCCGAAGGCUAUGUCAAAGGCAGCUGAAUCCCCGCUGUGCUGCCCUCGGUCCUGCCCUGUUCCAGCGUCCUCGGGACCUCUCUUUUGCCUCCAGAUCACCAGCACCGGUGCUUUCAUUUUCACACUUACCUUCUCCCCUUCCUUCUCAUGCCCCCCUGCCACCUGCACCCUCUUUCUGCUUCACACUGGCAAUUACCUGGGGUACUGCCAUCCAGGAGGGUGAUCACCAGCAAUCCCUUGCAUUGGGCCCAUCCAGCAGCUGUGAUGCUCUCAACCCUGACCAAGGAAUCUGUUUGCCUUUAGCUAUUUUUUGAGCUGCUGCCAGGGAAGUUUCACAAAAAGGAUAGUGUUAUUUCUGAAAAUGAGUCCCAUAAACAAGGAUGAAUAUGACCUCCCCGGUGAGAUUUGGGGUUUACUUUAGUGGCUGGGAGAUCAGCCAAUGAAAUGGAAAUACCAGAAAACAUUAUCAUAAUUACCCUAUGGCCUCCUCUGGGGGCAAGGGAAAAAAAAAAAAAAAAAAAAAGGAAAGAAAAAGAAUGAAAACCGAUUUGACAGGCUCUGGAUAGCAUUGUCAUUUCACCCUUCCCUGCUUGGCCUGUCUCCUGCUCUGCAUUUUUGCUUUCUCUGAACAAAGGGGAGAGAAAAUAUUCCUAGAUUGUUUCUCCGCAAGGAAAUUUUUCUGACAAAAAAAAAUAAAAAAAUAAAAAUAAAAACAGUGCUGGGAAGCCAAGAGGUGAGAACCUUUGAGAAAAAGUAGAAGAUGCAUUUUUCUUGCAAAAUUGGGAAGGCCAGAGAGGACUCCCCAUCCCACCCAGCUGCACCCAGCCUGUAAGGGCAGGAGCACAGGGCAAAGCUGUCCUCCUGCACCCACCUGUGCACCGCCGGGCCUGUCUGUGUCUUUGAACUCGUAUAACUGUGGCGCCAAGUCAGCUCAGUGCAGGAAUUUGUGCUGAAGCAAGUCAGGGAAGUCUCGUGGAAAGGGAUUUGCUGUCAGAUCUUCUGCAGUGAUUACCUUCUGCAGGGGCACGCUGACCUCAUCCUUCCAUACAGUUAGAUCUGGGAGAUGUACCUAGCUCUGACACUACUUCUGACUUCCCUCAGAUGUUUCUCUUGCUCCCGGAGCUCAAGCCAGCAAAACCUCUGCUCCUUGCUGCUGCAGAACUUGUCGGCUCUGCUCAGGUGGCCAGUUACUACAGACUCCAGCUGCCCAAAGCUCUCCCUCUUCAGGGCAAUCAUCUUUAGCGCAAGAUGCUCUGGGAGUAAAAUCAAAGCUGCUGCCUGGAACUUGGCAAUUUGCACCCUUUAGGGACUCAAACCACCCCUAACAACUCAGCCUUAAACUCACCUAUGGUUUCAAUGGGGCGUAUUGCUGUCAUCAAAAGUUUUAAUUCUGUGGUGUAAGCAUGGACAGAGGUUUGGGGUCCCUUCUGUGAUGAAUCAAGGCUUGGAAAGUGCUUAAAAACAAGAAAUAACGGCCUGUGGGAGAGAAGAUACAAGUCUGAGAUGGGCACCUUGUCAUGAAAAAAGAAAGAGGUAGUGCAGCUGAACAAAUCAGGCAGGGAUGUGAGUCCUUCUUUCCACACUUGCCUUUAGUGUUGGUCCAACCAUUGAACUUGUCUGUUUUUUUUUCUAAGUGCUUGAGUUUCACCAUUUUGUGAUAGAAACAACCAGAACUGGAUUUUCUUGAGAAGGCACAGUUUCCAUUAAAUUCUUAGGAAACACAAUCAAAGCUUCCUUCAAGCUUCUGAAUAUUUCAGGUAUUUCAUAAAUAAAGAUUUGUGGCUGCUCCUAUUGCAUCACCUACAUUGGAAUCAGGGACUCACUUUUGCAGUCAUUCCAGGGGUCCAGAGCUGUCAAAGUGUCCAUGUCCCCAGCUCUUGAACGGAAUCCACAUUUCUUAUCAAGCCAAUAAGACUAGUAGUAAUUUGGAAAUUCUUUCACCUCAUGUGGAAAUUUCCAGCAAUUACAUGUUUUACAAAGAUGUUUUUGUUUUAUUUAUAUAAUGUAUUUUGCUUCUACUAUGAAAGAGGUAUGCUUCAUCCUGAAAUCAAACCAAACUUAAAUAGCAAUUUAAAUUGCCCCACCAGAAAGGUUUUCUGAGAAUCUCUAAAAAAUGAUUUUCUUUGCAUCCAUUGUCCAAUGUAUGGAAGAAACAUUGUGCAGAUGGAAUCAGUACAUAAAAAAGGACAGUGGUAUAGCCUAUGACCCUAACCACCAGGAAAUGAGAGGAUACCACCAAUCCACCUGGAAAAACUCUGGAGUAGGAAGUGCUCUCUUUGCUUCAGACUCAAAAAUAAUUAAAAUAAAUUAAAUUUAAUUUAAAAAAAAAAAAAAGAAAAAAGAAAAAAGAUAUCUUUAUCUGAGUUGUGUCCAUUUAUGGUUGUUGAAGGAAAAAAAAAAAAAAAAAAAGGCACAGCUGAUCUGACUUGUGUUAGGUGGUGGCUUGACCAUGGAAUUAAUCUCAGGUGAUCUCUGCAGCUAAAUCUCUAAGGACUAUAAGGGGGAACCCUUCAUGACAGUCUUAGAUGGGUAAAUGCUGUUGUGGAUGUCCUCAGUUAGCCAGCAAGGCAGGUUUUUGCAUUUACAAGGUGGAUGCUGAUGAUGUCAUCACCAAAGAGGAGCAGAUCUUCCUACUGCUAAAAGCCAAGGCCAAGUGUGAGCGACACCUGAAAGCCAAGGUGCCCAAGGUGCACGAUGGCUUUUGUCUUCCUGAGUGGGAUGGCAUUGUCUGCUGGCCGGAAGGCGUGCCGGGCAAAGUGGUGGCCAUGCCAUGUCCUGAGUACAUCUACGACUUCAAUCACAAAGGCCACGCUUACCGCCGGUGUGACCUGAAUGGAAGCUGGGAGCUGGUCCCAGGCAACAACCGCACCUGGGCAAACUACAGUGAAUGUGCCAAGUUCCUCACCAACGAGACGAGGGAAAGGGAGGUCUUUGAUCGCCUCUAUUUGAUUUAUACUGUUGGAUACUCCAUCUCUCUGGGAUCCCUCACAGUUGCUGUCCUUAUCCUGGGAUACUUCAGGCGUUUGCACUGCACUAGAAACUACAUCCACAUGCACCUGUUUGUCUCCUUCAUGCUGAGAGCCGUGAGCAUCUUUGUGAAGGACGCGGUCUUGUACUCUGGGUCAGCUUUGGAGGAGAUGGAGAGGAUCUCUGAGGAAGACCUGAAAUCCAUUACUGAAGCACCUCCAGCAGACAAGUCACAGUUUGUGGGUUGUAAAGUAGCGGUUACCUUCUUCCUCUACUUCCUGGCAACCAAUUACUACUGGAUCCUGGUGGAAGGGCUCUAUCUCCACAGCCUCAUCUUCAUGGCAUUUUUCUCAGAGAAGAAGUAUCUUUGGGGAUUCACAUUAUUUGGCUGGGGUCUCCCUGCUGUAUUUGUUACAGCGUGGGCCAGCGUGAGAGCCACUCUAGCUGACACAGAGUGUUGGGACUUGAGUGCUGGCAAUUUAAAGUGGAUUAUUCAGGUGCCCAUCCUGGCAGCUAUCGUGGUAAAUUUUAUUCUUUUUAUCAAUAUUAUCAGAGUCCUAGCAACCAAGCUACGGGAGACAAAUGCAGGGAGAUGUGACUCAAGACAACAGUACAGGAAGCUGCUGAAAUCUACCCUCGUCCUUAUGCCUCUCUUUGGCGUUCACUAUAUUGUUUUCAUGGCUAUGCCAUACACAGAUGUGUCAGGGAUUCUUUGGCAAGUUCAAAUGCACUAUGAAAUGCUGUUCAACUCUUUCCAGGGAUUUUUUGUUGCCAUCAUAUACUGUUUUUGCAAUGGAGAGGUCCAAGCAGAAAUAAAGAAGUCAUGGAGCAGGUGGACAUUAGCACUUGACUUCAAAAGGAAAGCACGAAGUGGGAGCACAACCUACAGUUAUGGACCAAUGGUUUCCCACACCAGCAUCACAAAUGUAGCCACGAGAGGGGCACUUGCCCUCCAUCUCAAUACAAGACUUAUACCAGGGACCCUCAAUGGACACCGGAAUUUACCAGGUUAUGUAAAAAAUGGCUCAAUUUCUGAAAACUCCAUGCCUUCUUCUGGACCAGAGCAGUACAACAAAGACGAGGAGUACCUGAACGGCUCUGGGCUUUAUGAUGGAGACAGACCCACAGUACUUGUUGAAGAAGAAAGAGAGACAGUGAUGUAAAGAGAGGAGGAGAAGAAGCAAAAGGAUGAGAAAGGUUCCUGGAGAGCAUUUAGUGGGCAAAAGAAUAUCAGGCCACGCAUCAGAUGCCAAGGAUUUCCAUACAGUUUCUCUGUUCGGUGGAACGAGAAGUUAAGUUAUAUGGGAAAAAAAAAAGUGAGCCACCAACGUGGCCAGUGGUUGAUCACACACAUAUAUUCAGUGAUCUGAGUCUCCCUGGUGAUAAUGGGGGCAGGGCUGUCCUGAGGGCCUUGCUACCUGCUGAACAGAGAUACUGAGAGUUGGCGAGGGAGGGUUGCACCGCAGCACGUGGUCCUUUCACCUCUUGGAGAGCUUGGGCAGCCUGAGAGGGUGGGAAUUUCACCCAGUAGAGCAAGAGUCUUGCAGGGAACGUACAGUGCCAUCUUCUUGCAAGGGUACAAGCAUCCUUAUGCAACAGCGUCUUCAGUUCAGUUUGCUCUUUCCUCCUAAAUUCUGUCUGGUAUAACACACGGGACCUACUCGGGGGGUUGUAGCUGCCCGUUCUUGCAGCCAAGAGCUCAGCAUGGACAGGUCGGCACGACCAGCUGCCUGGGGCAUGUUCUUCCCUUGGGCAUUGUCACUCCCUGCCAAAAUGGUCCUCUGGGGUGGGCAGGGUUAACAGCUCAUGUUGCUAGAUGCAAGCGGAAAACCAUAUUCUCCUCUCCCUGACCUGAGUCCCAGUAGCAAGCCAGAAACCAGUGCAAUUUUAGGAUGGAAAAUGUGGUUAUCAGAAUGUGCGAAAAUGUCGUUCUCCCAGAUACAGCAGUGGAGAGGGGCCCACCCUGACUGCUCCCAGGCGGGCUGAGGCAGGGAGGGGAAUUUGCUUGUGAUCUUCAGAAGAUCUUCAUGAAGCGUGUGUGCUGGUGUGUGCGUGGCUGAAAUCUGCUCAGAGGGUAGCUAACUGAGCCCUCCCUGUUUGUGGAUGCUCAUGAAAACAAGCUUCAAUCAUUUUUUUUUUAAUCUUUAAAUUGUUGCUCAUUCUCCCCUCUGAAUUUCUUGUUUCUCACUACCCCAUGCCCUCACGAGGAGAAAGACUCCUUCAGAUCUGCCUGCAUCACCCAGAGGCAUGAGAUGCUGGAUACAGCCAGGCAAACCUACCUUCAUGAGAACCAAGGGCAAAAUUUGCUGGACAAAAGCACAGGGAUUGCUCCUAGAAGGUCACCUUCUGAGCAUCUUUCCCAUUCUGAAUGGUGGGGCCAUUCAAAUGAGCCACACACACACCCAUGUACACCUGGCCACUGCCUUAGCUGGUGCCAACAAGUAUAAACCUUCAGCCAGAGCCACAGAGUUUGCCUAGAGAUGCUCAGAUGAGGAAAUGUUAUUGGGGUUGCCUCCGAAGGGAAGAGCACAAGGAAAGGCCUGAUUCAUACAUCCUACAGGAGAGAGAGACCAGGGAUAUUUUGUCCCUGUGCAGAGUUUCCUUUGCUGGUGGUUUUUGAAGGUGUGCCAAAAGGUUAUUUUCUGAAUGUCCUCAUGUCUUCAGCAGUGGCAAAGAGGUACAGCUGACCAACAGAGCUAUGUGCUGAGGCCACUUCACACCAGCUGAGCAUUAGCAAAGGGUCUCUGUCCAUUCUGAAGCAUGACUGAGAAGUGUCUGGUACU